AUGGAUACCGAAGCAGCAGCAGCAGCAGCAGCAGCUGCUGCUGCUGCUGCUGCGCCUGCUGCUGCUGCUGUUCCUGAUGCAGCUGUAUGGAGUGAGGGGGACGCGCAGCAGCAGCAGCAGCUGCAGCAGGAUAUUGCUGCUUCUGAGCAGCAGCUGGCAGAGCUGCAGCAGCAGCAGCAGACGCUGCAGCAGCUGCUGCAGCAAUGUGGAUCGGAGACAGAGAGGAGUGAGAUAGCAGAAGCAGCAGCAGCAACAGCAGCAGCAGCAGCAGACACAGCAUCAGCUCUUGAGCUCAUGAGGACUUCGCUGCUGGAGUCUCGCCGGCUGCAGCUGCAGCGGCAGCUGCUGCACCUGCAGCAGGGAGAACAGCAGCAGCAGCAGCAGCAGCAACAGCAGCAGCAGCAGCAGCAGCAGCAGCAGGAUGAAGGAGAAGGCAGCAGCAGCGACUCAGCUAUGAGUCUCUCGGACUGCGACUUGAGCAGCGGCGCUUCUGACGCGGGCUCAUGCAGCAGCAGCAGCAGCAGCAGCAGCAGCAGCAGCGAGAGCAGCAGCAGCAGCAGCAGCAGCAGCAGCAGACAGGAAGGUAGUCUCUGUGUCUUUGCUGCGAUGCAGAGAAGCGGCGAGGCGCUGCUGCAGUACGGGCGGGUCCGAGCGGUGGUGCGCAGCAGCCCGCUGCUGCAGCAGCUGGUGCUUGGCAGCAGCAGCAGCAGCAGCAGCAGCAACAGCAGCAGCAGCAGCAACAGCAGCAGCAGCGGCGACGAUGAGUUCUCUGCAGUGUGUGAUGCGUUGCCGUCGGGGGGGAUUGAGCUCCGCACAGCAUUGCUGCUGGAACAGCAGCAGCAGCAGCAGCAGCAGCAGCAACAGCAGCAGCAGCAACAGCAACAGCAGCAGCAGCAGCAGGAACAGCAGCAGCAGCAGCAGCCGCUGCUGCUGGUGGUGCCGGCGUGCCCAGAAGAAAAUAGGGAGGCUCCAUGUACUCACCUUUUAGCUGCUACUGCUGCUGCUGCUGCUGCAUUUCGCGCUGCAGCAGAAGCUGCUACACAGCAGCAGCAGCAGCAACAGCAGCAGCAGCAACACCAGCAGCAGCAGCAGCAGCAGCAGAAGGGUGUUGAGUCUAUGGCUCAGCGAGAAGCGGCAGCAGCAGUGGGCCUUCAGCUGGCAGCUGACGGUGCAGCAGCAGCAGCAGCAGCAACAGCAGCAGCAGCAGCAGGCGCAGUGUCGCUGCAGCAGCUGCAGCAGGCGUGUCCUUAUGGCUGCUGCUGCCGCUGGAGCCAUGGUUUGCUGCUGCCUGCUGCUGCAGCAACACUCGUCAGCUUCUCUCCUCGCAAAGCUAUUGAGCAGCAGCAGCAGCAGCAGAAGCAGCAACAGCAGCAACAGCAGCAGCAGCAACAGCAGCAGCAGCAGCAGCAGCAGCAACAAGGGGUGUUGGUGCGCGGCAGCUCAGUUCUCGUCCGGGUGCAGCAGCAGCGGUGGCAGCGAGGCACCCUGCGGCUGCUGCUGCGCAGGAGGAGACAUGCAGCAGCAGCAGCAGCAGCAGAAGAUAGUGCUGCUGCUGCUGCUGCUGUUGCUGCAUCGGUGUUGCCUCUCUCGGGUGCUGCUGCGAGAAAACAGCAAAAGCUGCUGCAGCAGCAGCAGCAGCAGCAGCAGUAUACGUGGUUUGCUCGCGUGCGGCUGGAUAGCAACAGCAGCAGCAGCAGCAGCAGCAGCAACAGCAGCAGCGCCAACAGCAGCAGAGGAAAUGUGCAUAUGUGUAGGGUGCAGGAGCUGUUACCCGCACUGCAGCAGCAGCAGCAGCAACAGCAGCAGCAGCAGCAGCAGCAGCAGGCCGAUGCUUCUGUGGCUGCUCCGCGUCAGAAAUUGCUUCGCAGCAGCAGCAACAGCAGCAGCAGCAGCAGCAGCAGCAGCAGCAGCAGCGAGUCAGAUAUAGCCGUAGAAAUAGAAGGAAGCGAUGAGGAGCUGUCUGAGGGGGAGCAGCAGCAGCAGCAGCAAAAGGUGCUGCGGCUGCAGCAGCUAGUAGGAAAGACAGCAGCAGCAGCAGCAGCAGAAAUGCUGCGGCGGCAGCCUCGCUGCCCGCGCAGCAGCUGGUGGCGGCCUAAGCGCAGCACAGAAAACAUCAGCAGCAGCAGCAGCAACAGCAGCAGCAGCAGCAGCAGCAGCAGCAGCAGCAGCAGCUGCCCGCUCAGCAGCAGCAAAUAUUUCGGUGUAUGGAUGCUUCACACAAACGCUGUGGGGCUGCAUAUUAUGCAGAGGUGGGGAUACACCCCAGGCGAGUGUAUAGGCAGGAGACAGCGGCAGCAGCAGCAGCAGCAGCAGCAGCAGCAGCAGCAGCAGAUGCUGCAGCAGCAGCAGGGGGAACAGCAGAAGGGAGAACAGCAGCAGGAACAGCAAACUGUGCUGCUGAAUCCGCUGCCUAUUGAGUGA